UCGUACAGACCACAUAAAUUUUUUAUUUACUUCCGCCUUCUCUCUCUGAUCCUUGGACGACGUAAACUGAUGUACAUCUAGUGGAGAAGAUGAUCGCGUCCAUACUUUUAUGCAAUCUCAAAUAGACAUCAGAUAAAGUGUUGAUGAACCCCAACUUUGUGUCCAUCGGGGAAAAGAAAAAGGAAGUUUGAAAGAGUGAUACGUGAGUCAGUCAACUUUGUCACUGGACUUGACGCUACUGCAUGCACAAAACGCUGCAUCAACAAACAACGGCAACGAUAAAGGAUCAGCAUGGAGCAAUAUGACGACUGAGACCGACUGAGUCCUGCAUGGUGUGAGGAGGGGGUGUAUGACUGGUCGGUAGACGGUUGCAUUGCAGGGGUGCAGAACUGUGCUGAACCAUCCACUGCCUUUUGGGCCGUGCCUUUUUGGCUAAAGUCCGGGGAAAAUGGACACAACUAUUUUGUAUUCUUCGAUGAUAAAUGUUUAGAAAAGCCGGAAACUUUAAUUGAAAGCUGUUGUUUCAAAACAUCCAAGUCGUGCGCAACAAACCAGGAAGAAGCUGCUGUAUUCUGUGAAGUGUGAUUAACAACCAGAUUUGUUUUUUGAUCAAACAAAUUGAUUGUGUAACUUUAAAAAUUUAAGACUUUAUGACUGAUGUCUUGUGAUGACAUAUCGUUGUAAAUUAAGUCAAUGUUUGGGUGUUUAUGGAAAAGGUUUAAACUUGAAACGUUUUGAUUGAGAAUUAUUUUAGGCCAAACCAAAUUGCGUACAGUUGACUUUCAAGACUUGGGCACGAAUCGUAUCUGUCAAGAUGAUGAAGAUGGAUGGAAUGAAAUGGGUCGCAAAGAACAUGCUGAGAAGAAGCGAUCUUGCUACGGUUGUCAUUGACCAGAAAACCGUGCAAGAAUUGAUCAAUGGAAAACUUAUAUCCAGUUUAAAUGAUGUGAGCUUGGACCUACUCAAAUGGUCUUACAGUGAGCCCAACUAUGCAUUCCCAGAUGUGUUCUCAGCGUGGUCCGACUUGGAUGCCGGAUUUACUCAACUCUUACAAGAAUAUAUGGAAGAGUGUUCCAGAUACAGAAAGACGUUCAAGGACAUCACAGCAGAAGGAAAGAAAGUCACAGAAGUCCAGAGAGAAAAAGAGAAAUCUGCAAGCAAGGUGGUCGCCUGCCGGAACAAGGUGGAGAGUGCCAAGAAGGCCAAGAAAACAGAAAAAUCAAAAAUUGUGAACUUGGAGUCGGAGCUGUAUUUGGCACAAGCAAAAGAUGGAGAAAUGGCCGAAGUACUGAAGAAAUGUCUUUCAGAAUUUGAAGUCUUUAAGGCUGUGCUGUUGAAGGAGUCGAUGACAAAACACUGUCAAUCUCUGAUGGGUUUCCUUGAGAAAAGCACCGCCUUGUGUAAGGUGAAACUAGAAGCAGUCGAGUCGAUGCCGAGUGGACCAGCAAUGACACCUAGUUCUGUAUCAGAAAAUAGCAGUAAAGUUGAGGACGUUUUCAGAAAGUUGCAUCUUCAGCUCCCUCCAAGAGAUCCAGCGUUAGAACGAAACCUGCCAGCACAGAAGUUCAAGUCUUUGCCACCCCCGCAGACCUUUAAUAACUCGCCCCAAAACUGCAGGCUACCAUUGGAACCUGUUUUCACACAACAGGGUAAAAAUAAGCAGCCGAAGGGUGGGGUUCCAGUUUUUAACCGUGCAUCUGAGAGCGAUGAAAGUGACUUGGAAGAUGAAAACGAAUAUAUGACGCCUGAUGAGGAAAUGCUUAAAAGGAAAAUCUCUGGAAAUGAAGCGCCGAAACUCCCACCAAGAAAUAAUGAGGUAGAGGUUCAACAAAUUGAAGAGGAUGAAGAGGAUGAUAUGUACGUCGUUCCAAAUCUCUCCCCAUGUCUUUCAUCCCCAGGGGCCAGCAAAUCAGAAUAUUUUGAAGUUGUGUCAGAUACAGAGACCCCUGUUAUGCCACCGAGUUUCAACAGUUCAGCCAAUGCAGCCCAAUGCCCUCCCAGAAUCCAAGUGGAGCAAAAUGAACCGCAAAGCGACCCCGUCUACUUCGUCCCCGAUGACGGCCAGGAGGACUUCGACCAGCUCUACGGCAAUGUGGAUAACGACGAAUUUAAAGAACAUCAACGUCAAUCAGUGGCUGUCAGCCCAACACCCCAAACUAAACUUCGCAAGCCGGCUGUCUUCCCUAAGCCAUUCCAGAAAGCGGUGAAAGACCCACCUCCAAAAAGUCCUAAAAAUUCCCCGCCACCAGUAGUCAUCGAAGACGACGAUAUUUAUUCCUGUGUCUACGAAGAAGAAAAAUCAGGUGGGUCUCCGCCCGCCCCCUCGGCCCGCACCACAAGUCCCACAGAUGAAACCUCCGCUUUAAAAUUUGAACAUUCAUAUGUCAACCUGGUUUGUGACACAGUCCCCUUGCACGAGCCGUCAUUUAAUGAGGUACCGUAUGAUGAAAAUGAGUUUGAAGUCAGACAUACGUACUUCAAGUUGCCAAAUACAAAGAGACCCGUCCCAGCACAUAAACCGCAAAGUCCACAAUUAAGACCAGUCGCAGCUGUCAGGUCGAGUUUAAAAUAACAACAUGGCCAAGAAGUAUAAUCUGUAUAUAGAUCUUCAACCUGAACAUGAAUAUUUCAUCAAGAUUUUAUUUUUGAAAUUAAUUUUGUUUAACUUAGUUGGAUAAUACCCUUUUUUUUAUACCAUUCCAAGUAAACAUUACCCCCCAAAAUGGGUUUGAACGCAUACCCUCGACAAGCUUGUAAUGGAAUACUUUGGAACGCUGGGUGGCAGCAGACUUACCGGGUAUUUUUCCAUUGUUAACAUAGUUCUAAGAAAGCACACAUAACCAAAAACAAUGGAUUUACCUGGUCAGUCGUCUGCCACCUAGCGUCCCAAAACUCCCCCACUGGUAAGAAUGUUUCUUUUUCUGUUUGGAGACGAUUUCAAACUUCUUACUGCCCACCAGUAAAUUUCCUACUCUAAGGUUUGUGUUUAUGACUUUUGGUUUGCGGUAACACUGUGAGUAGACUGUAGUUCUGAUAAAAAGGACAGUGGUUUAAAGAGUCCUUUUCCUUAAGGUGCCAGCAGCCGAUUUCACGAAACGCUAGGACUAAUCAUAUCUCGAGUGCGGACGAGUAACUCGUCCUAACUUAGGAUGGGUUCAAUGCGCCCUAACAUCUCUGCAGCCGAUUUCACGAAACGGUAGGAUUAAUCCUAUCUCGAGUUAGGACGAGUAACUCGCCCUAACUUAGGAUGGGUUCAUGCGUCCUAUGUAUUUGUAAAUGGAACUGACCCCGUCCUUAGUCCCAAGAUUAAUCCUAAGUUAGGAAGAGUUUGGUGAUAUCGACGGCUAGAUAUGGAACUUAACUCAUCCUAA